AUGGCUCCAAGGCAAGAGAGCGGCGACACCGCUGCGGCCGUCAGAGAAACGGCCUCUAAUCGAGGUCGAGGGCGUGGUAGCAGCACUGCGAACACCGUCGCGACUCUGAGCGUUCCCGGCGAUAGAACCAAGUAUGCUUCAGCUCAUGAUGACAAGCAGAAGGCGUUUCAGAGCCACGGACUUCCUUUAGGACAGGCUGCUGAGGACAGCAGCGUGUCCACGAAGGCGGACGCUAACGGAGGAUACACGGACUCUCAGAUCCCAGCGACGCAGUCUUCAACCGACGACCAAGGAGAACGACUGGGCAAUGGGUGUGCAGUUCUGGGUUCGAAAUAUCCGGGCUUUUACGAGGAUGAUGACGAUGAUACUUCGAUGUUCAUUCCCAGCCCCGGCGCCGCCUUCCUUGCCAGUCGGGGCCCCGAGAUCGCCAGGGGUCGGGGGCUGUUGAACCCCGAGAUGCGGUUUUCACUGGACAACUCCCCCCCGAUCGUGCUUCAGAAGCCAAGGGCCAAGGAGCAACCAAAGUCGAGACUGAAAAGCUUAUUCAACUUCUCGAUGAAAGGGACAACGGACAAAAGGGGAAAUGAGCCGACACGACUCGGGACCGAGGGCAACGGAGACCCUCAUCGGGCGGGAUCUCAGAGUGUCGGGUUCCGUCACUUUGGCACGGAUGACGACGCUGAAGACGGAUACUUUGGCUCCUUUUCUCGCGGUUUACCGAGAGACAGGGACGCACUCCACACAGGCCUGUCGAUGCAGAGCUGCAUUUCUCUGAGUGACGACGAGUGCAACACGAGUGAAACGAAACGUAGCCAUCGAUCUGUCGGCAGAGACCACGCACAACACAGUACGACUCAUGGUGACACACGCAGUGCUCACGGCAGCAGUAAAGACCACUCGAAGGAUCCGGUCUCUUCCACAAGGAGCAGUGCUCAUGGGGAGCAGACAGAGCGAGGAGGUCGGCCGAGUAAGCCACGAAGGAAAACAGACGCUCACGGCCGAAAAGAGGAAGGGAAACAAGAUGCUGACUCCGAAGGCGAGUGCCCAUGUUGUUGCUGUUGUUGCUGUUGCUGCUGUUGUGGGUCCGAUGCCGAGGAGGGUCGGGAGACCAUUCAAGUGAAUCGUAGAGACGGAAGCACGUACAGGAGAGCGAGACGUCCAUCGAGAAGAUACGCGUCUCGAAGGUAG